UGUCAUGAUCAUUGCUAUUUCUUAAUUAUCCGCUUAAAAAAUGGAAGAAGUUGAUGAAAUAGUUUUACAUACUCUUCGCCAGGUCGGGUGUGAUUUGGACGAAAUUAAUAGCUUACGAGAAUUCACCACUGAAAAUGCAAUUGAAGGUGUUGUUCGUUGUUUGAAACUAGUCAAUCCCUCUUUAGAACUUUCACACCAUGUUCCUCCUAAUAUGUCGGCUAGAUACAGGCUAGGGUCAGAAUUAGCUACAAUAUGUACAGAAAUGGGUUACAAAGGAGAAAUUGGCUAUCAAACUUUCUUAUAUUCAAAUGAAACUGAUUUAAGAAGAAUAUUUCUUUUUUUAUUUGAAAAGUUGCCUAAAGAAAGUGAGAAGGCAUUAGAUGAACCUUUGGAUAAAACGGCUUUGAUUAUUAAAGAAACACAAUCUUAUUUUUCAAGAUGUUUGAACAUGCCAUGGCUGCCUAACUAUUGUAAAAUCAAUUCUAUUAGUAAUACUUUUUUAUUAAAUAAUCCUUCGUUUUCAGUAAAACUUUAUCGACCAAUAAGUUUAUUCCUUCCUUCAAAUUAUAAGUCUGUGAAAACCAAAAGUGCAACUACACAGUAUUUCAAAAAUAACUUACAAUCGUUACCUCAACAGGCAAAACCUGGACCUGAAUUGAUUUCCUCUUUAUUCGAAACUAAUGCACUUGAUUAUGUAAAAGAGAGUCUUCAAGAGUGGAAUCAAGAUGAUUUAAAUAUUACACUUAAUCGUAAAGAAAUUUCAGCUCAAAAGAAAACAAAAAUUGCAAAACUAAUUGAUGAUUAUUUACUGCAAGCUUUGCAGAAGAAAGAAAUUCAGGAGGGAAUGCGUGAAAUGUUAAGCAAAAACUACAAUGUUCCAGAAUCGCAUGGUUCAAGAUUUACUCAUUCCUUACAGCUUCAAUUUACAUCUGAUAAAAAAGAGAAUUUUAUAGUGGAAGGAGAUUCUCCUGCUAUGAAAAAUGAUACAGAAGAAGAAAAGCAGAAAAAAAGAGAGACUGAAAUAAAAAGUCUUCAAGAACAACUUGAUUCUUUAUUGCAAAAAACUGAAAGCCUCAUACUUGAAAAUAAAAAUUUCGAAGCAUCAUCUCAAAAUAUUGAGGACCUCAUAAAGAAAGAACAAGAAACACUUGACAACAUUAAAGAACAAUAUCGAGUCAAAAAAUGUACGUUGUCACUAUUACCAGAUGCUGAUGCAAAUAUCAAAAAAUUACAAACAUUGAUUGAUGCAAGCUCUCAAAGAUUGGUGGUGUUAGCUAAUCAGUGGGAACAACACAGAGUGCCGCUUAUAGAUGAAUACAGAGAAUUACGAGAGUUAUCUUCCAAAAGAGUCAGCGAGACACAACGAAAGUUAGAAGAAAUAAAAGUACUGAGAGAAAAAAUCAAAAAUCUUGGCAUUGAAGCACGUCAAAAAGAGGAUAUGCACAAACAUUUGAUAGCUGCGUAUGAACGUUUGACUAAAGAUGUUAGCCGCUCUGCUUAUACAAGAAGAAUUAUGGAAAUUGUAGGUAAUAUAAAGAAACAAAAGUCGGAAAUUGAUAAAGUUUUACUCGACACUAGAAAUGUACAGAAAGAAAUAAACAGGUUGUCUGGAAAACUAGAAAGAACUUUCACUGUUACUGAUGAACUUAUAUUCAAAGAUGCAAAAAAAGACGAAGCAAUUCGAAGAGCUUAUAAAUAUGUAGCAUCUUUGCAUGAGAACAGUAGUGCCUUGGUACAGAUAAUUGAAGAAACUGGCUCCAUUGUACGUGAAAUUCGAGAAAUAGAAGAUCAGAUUGAACAAGAAAAUCAAAAGAAAGUUGCUGCCAACCUUGAGAGAAUUACGUCAGACUAUAAACAGAUGCAACAAGAAAAUGCUUCUUUGAUUGCUCAACUUAAAUAGUUAUAAGUGAAAAUUCAGUAUUGUUGAUUGAUUUAUAGAUAUGUUUUUUAUAUUAAAUAGUGAAAUA